GUGUCCUCCACACUACUGCCUGCUUGCUACCUGCCUCCCGCCACUGCCACCACCCCCAACCAUCUCAACUCCGUCUCACUCUCGAUCACUUGCCAGCCAUGGCCGUGAACGACACCAAGCUGGCCGACGCCGAGAACCCGGGCGCGAUGUGCCGCGGCGGCGGCGGCGGCAUCGACUCCGACUCCGACGUGGACUUCGCGGGCCGCGCCAACUGGCUGCGCGCGGCGGUGCUGGGCGCCAACGACGGGCUGGUGUCCACGGCGUCGCUCAUGCUGGGCGUGGGCGCCGUGAAGCACGAGGUGCGGGCCAUGGUGAUCUCCGGGUUCGCGGGCCUGCUGGCGGGGGCCUGCAGCAUGGCCAUCGGGGAGUUCGUGUCCGUCUGCUCCCAGCGCGACGUGGAGAUCGCGCAGCUCGACCGCGACGGCAAGCGCGGCGGCGACGAAGAGAGGGCGCUGCCCAGCCCCGUCCAGGCCGCGGCGGCCUCGGCCCUCGCCUUCUCCGUCGGCGCCCUCCUGCCGCUGCUGGCGGCGGGCUUCAUCGUCGGGUACAAGCUGCGGGUGGCCGUGGUGGUGGCCGUGGCGACGCUGGCGCUGGCGGCGUUCGGGGUCGUCGGCGCCGUGCUGGGGAGGGCGCCCGUGGUGAGGUCCUCCGCCCGGGUCGUCGUCGGCGGGCUGGCCGCCAUGGGGCUCACCUUCGGCCUCAUGCGGCUCUUCCGGGCCAGCGGCAUAUGACGCGCGAUCGGUGGACGAGGUUUUUUUUGUUGCCGUCACCGAUCGUCGUCUCGCCCAUGCUUUCCUCGUGAUCCUACCUACGUACGUGGUGCCAACGUCUUCUUCCCCGGCCGGCUGAUGGUCUGACGUCCGUGCAUGGAAUGUGCAUGCCCGGCCGUGCGUCUUUUCUCUAGUUAAUUCUCUGCUGCUUAAUCUCUCUUUCUACUGCUAUUACUAGUCUUUGCAUGCAUGCAUGCUAUAGUAUUUUUACUUGCACCAUGUAACGUUUCUACGUACUACUACUAGUAGUGAUUGGGAGGUGGAA